CAGAGGGCCGCGCCCGCCUCGCCGCUGAGGAUGUCCCGGAAGGGGCCGCGGACGGAGGUGUGCGCGGACUGCGGCGCCCCAGACCCCGGCUGGGCUUCUAUUAACCGCGGCGUGCUGAUCUGCGACGAGUGCUGCUCUGUCCACCGCAGCCUGGGCCGACACAUCUCCAUCGUCAAGCAUCUGCGCCACAGCCCCUGGCCCUCCCCGCUGCUGCAGAUGGUGAACACUCUGGCCAGUAAUGGUGCCAACUCCAUCUGGGAGCACUCGCUGCUGGACCCGGCGCAGGUGCAGAGCGGGCGACGCAAGGCCAAUCCUCAGGACAAAGUGCACCCCACCAAGUCUGAGUUCAUCCGUGCCAAGUACCAGAUGCUGGCCUUCGUGCACAAGCUGCCCUGCCGCGACGAUGAUGGUGUCACCGCCAAGGACCUCAGCAAGCAACUGCACUCCAGCGUGCGGACGGGGAACCUGGAGACCUGCCUGCGCCUGCUCUCGCUGGGCGCCCAGCCCAGCUUCUUUCACCCGGAGAAGGGCACCACCCCACUGCACGUUGCUGCCAAGGCUGGACAGAUCCUGCAGGCUGAGCUGCUGGUGGUGUACGGUGCCGACCCUGGGGCACCCGAUGUGAACGGCAGGACCCCCAUCGACUACGCCCGGCAGGCAGCCCAGCACGAGCUCGCGGACCGGCUGGUGGAGUGUCAGUACGAGCUGACGGACCGGCUGGCCUUCUACCUGUGCGGCCGCAAGCCGGACCACAAGAACGGGCACUACAUCAUCCCGCAGAUGGCAGACAGGGCGCGCCCAAAGGGCACGGCGCAGAGCCUGGACCUGUCUGAGCUGGCGAAAGUGGCGAAGAAGAAGUUACAGGCGCUCAGCAACCGUCUCUUCGAGGAGCUGGCCAUGGAUGUGUACGACGAGGUGGAUCGCAGGGAGAACGACGCUGUCUGGCUCACGACGCAGAAUCACAGCACCCUGGUGACUGAGCGCAGCGCUGUGCCCUUUCUGCCCGUCAACCCCGAGUACUCGGCCACACGAAACCAGGGGCGGCAGAAGCUCGCCCGGUUCAACGCCAGGGAGUUUGCCACCCUCAUCAUCGACAUCCUCAGCGAGGCCAAGCGACGGCAGCAGGGCAAGAGCCUGCUGAGCCCCACAGACGCUGUCGAGUACCCGGUGCGGAGCCAGAGUGACCCGGACGACCAGCACGACUACGACAGCGUCGCCUCUGACGAGGACACAGACCAGGAGCCGCUGCGCAGUGCUGCCCGCAACAACCGCGCCCGGAGCAUGGACUCCUCGGACCUGUCGGACGGGCCCAUCACGCUGCAGGAGUACCUGGAGGUGAAGAAGGCGCUGGCAGCCUCCGAGGCCAAGGUGCAGCAGCUGAUGAAGGUGAACAACAGCCUGAGUGAUGAGCUGCGUCGGCUGCAGCGUGAGAUCCACAAGCUGCAGGCGGAGAAUUCGCAGAUGCGGCAGCAGCCGGGCCCCGGGCACACGGUGCCAGCCCCCAGCGAGCGCUCAGAGCACGGGCAUGCCAUGGCUACGGCAGCAGCUCACCGGCGUGACCGCCAGGCCUUCUCCAUGUAUGAGCCGGGCUCUGUCCUCAAGCCCUUUGGGCAGCCCAUGGACGAGCUGGUCGGCCGCCUGCAGCCCUUCCACUCCAGCGAGGCGGAGGAUGAAGCUGUGUACUCCACGCACAUCCCGGCCAGUGGGUACCGGAUCCGGAAGGGGGUGUCUGCUUCCUCGGUACCCUUCCCCCCGUCCUCCCCGCUGCUUUCUGGCAUGCAGGACGGUGCCCGCCACAUGACCAGCAAGCUGGACCGACAUGGCAGCGGAACUGACAGCGACUAUGACAACACACAGGCUGGCGAGGCACUGCUCAGCAUGGACGGGAAGCGGUUCCUGGACUUGGGGAAGGACGACGACUUCCACCCGGAGCUGGAGGCACUGGACGGGGAGCUGGACCCAGGGCUGCCCAGCACCGAGGACGUGAUCCUGAAGACUGAGCAGGUCACCAAGAACAUCCAGGAGCUGCUGCGGGCCGCCCAGGAGUUCAAGCAUGACAGCUUCAUGCCCUGCUCCGAGAAGAUCCACUCCGCUGUCACAGAGAUGGCCUCGCUCUUCCCCAAGAAGCCAGCCCUGGAGACGGUGCGUAGCUCCCUGCGGCUGCUCAACGCCAGUGCCUACCGACUGCAGAGCGAGUGCCGCAAAACCAUGCCGCUGGAGCCUGGCGCGCCCGUGGACUACCAGCUCCUGACGCAGCAGGUCAUCCAGUGUGCCUAUGACAUCGCCAAGGCCGCCAAGCAGCUGGUCACCAUUACCACCCGUGAGAAGAAACAGUGAGGCCUGGUCCCCGCCUGGCGGCUCCCCCGGACUCACUCCCUCCCUGGGCAGGACGUGGGGCUGGGGAAUAGCUAACGCAAGUGUCCUUAGUCUGCCCAUGGGACCUGAGCACGUGCCAUUCCUGGCCCUCCAUGCUGCCAGUGUGGGGCUCCGGCUGUGCCGCCUCCCCCCACGCUGCCAGUGUCCUGGCGUGGGGCAGAGCAAGGCUCCGGCUGUGCCGCCUCCCCCUACGCUGCCAGUGUCCCAGCAUGGGGCAGAGUGUGGCACCGGCCCCAGCCCCCUCCCCCCACGCUGCCAGUGUCCCGGCGUGGGGCAGAGCGAGGCUCCGGCUGUGCCGCCUCCCCCUACGCUGCCAGUGUCCCAGCGUGGGGCAGAGUGUGGCACCGGCCCCAGCCCCCUCCCCCACGCUGCCAGUGUCCCGGCGUGGGGCAGAGCAAGGCACCGGCCCCAGUCGCCUCCCCCUACGCUGCCAGUGUCCUGGCGUGGGGCAGAGCGAGGCUCCGGCUGUGCCCCCUCCCCCACGCUGCCAGUGUCCCGGCGUGGGGCAGAGCGUGGCACCGGCCCCAGCCCCCUCCCCCCACGCUGCCAGUGUCCCAGCAUGGGGCAGAGCGUGGCACCGGCCCCAGCCCCCUCCCCCACACAGCAGCCCUAUGGACACUCCCUGCUGGAGCAGGUGCCAAUGCCCAGCUAUGUGUGCCCCCCUGUACAUAGCCCUUCAUUCUGUUCUCCCGGCCCUACCCGCCAUCAGCCAAGGAACCACUAACUGGGUAGCGGGGAGCCCCUGAGCUGCCCUCGGGCCUCUCCCCGCCACCCCCUGUACAGAGUGUGUGUAGCUGUUUGUGGUGGGCAGAGGAGCCGCACCCAUAGCGGUAUCAGCCCACAGCAUUACACUGGACCCGGAGCCCAGCCAUGGCUGGCAACCGGCAUGUUCUCCCUGUGUGUGAGUGUGAGCCUCAGCCCCCAGCCUCUCCCCAUGCACGGCUGCUCUGGGGCAGGCUCCUCGCCUCAUGCCCCCUGUGCCAGGCUGCAGUGCCCUGCCCCUCGGCCCUCCCCCACUGCCCCAGGAGCUGAGUCUGGAUUUCUCACUGCAGCAAAGUCCCAGUGCCAUGGGACCAGGCUCCCCCGGCUGGCAUGGUUGGCUCCGACCCUCGACAGGAGCUGGGUGCCCAGGGAAGCAGUGGGGCAGGGGCAGAGAGCCCAGGCUGGCUGGGGCCUGUAUGGCCAGGCGUGUACUGUACAUUUGUAUUAAAUAAACAUGUGACUGUGCCCUGUC